AUGGAAGACCUAGAGGAGAGGGCUCUUCACUCCGGACCAAUAACACCUAGGUUUUAUAAACGGUACGUAGAUGACACUUUCACAAUACUACCUAGUGAUCUGACAUCUGCAUUUUUAGUACAUCUCAAUUCUAUAAAUAAAAACAUUCAAUUUACUAUGGAAUUAGAGGCAAAUAAUUCUUUAGCUUUUCUUGACAUCCUUAUCAUCAGGAAUCCUGACAAUACAUUAAGUCACACAGUUUAUAGGAAACCCACACACACCAAUAAAUACCUCAAUGGUGACUCGCACCACCACCCUAGUCAGUUAGCUACCGUUGGCAAAUCUUUGUUUCAGAGAGCCCACCAUCUCUGCGAUGCUGAACACCUAGAGGACGAGCUACUUCAGGUCAAGCUUGCACUCCACCAGAACAAGCUGCCCGUGCCUCGCCAGCAUCGCAGAAGCCGUAUCAAGCCACCCACAGUUGAGCGACAACCUGCAUUUCUACCAUAUGUGAAGGGAGUUACAGACAGGAUUGGCAAUAUCUUGAAGCGAGCUUCGAUUAAAACCAUUUACAAGCCUCAUAAGAAAGUGAGCCAGUUCUUGAGACCUAUCAAGAGUAAUAUCCCUUUACAAACUGCGGGAGUAUAUAAACUCGAAUGUGAGUGUGGUUUAUCUUACAUAGGUCAAACAAAGAGAAGCAUCGGUACUAGGGUCAAGGAACAUAUAGGAGAUGUCAAAAAUAGGCGUUCUUCAAAGUCUGCAGUCUGUGAACAUGCUCUGGAUAAACCCAACCAUUUUAUUCGAUUUGAUAAACCACAGAUCCUCGCUAGAGAACACAGAUUCAUUCCUAGAAUGAUACGCGAGGCUAUUGAAAUUCAAAAACAUCCGAACUUCAAUAGAGAAAAUGGUUGGAGACUUUCUAACACUUGGGAUCCACUUAUUAAAAAUUUAAAAUCCCAAAUCCAACAGACUGCAAGACCUAAAGAUACAGUUAGUGCCUUCUGCGUGCAACCGGAACGCUACUCAAGAUACCAAUUAAGAAAUCGUUGGCGGUAG